UUGCAAGAAUAAAAAGAAUGGACUCCAAGCCAACACUACUUCUAGUAUCCGGGGCAUGGCAUACCCCAAAGUCCUACUCCAAAUUUACCGAUGCGCUCAAAAACAACGGCUACGAAGUGCACAUUCCUCGUCUCCCCAGCAUGAACGGCGCAAAACCCCCCAACGCAGAUCUAACAACUGACACCGACCUGAUCCGCGGCUAUGUCGAAAGCCUUGUUUCCGCCGGUCGAACAAUAGUAGUAAUCAUGCAUUCCUAUGGUGGGCAAGUCGGAACCAACGCCCUGCACAGCCUUGGGUUGAACGACCGGAAGAAGCAAGGACUCAUCGGUGGUGUCAGUCAUCUCGUUUACAUGUGUGCUUCUCUUUUCACGGAAGGUGCCUGCAUAUUGGACAUAGCUAAAGAAUUCGGUACCGCGGAUCAAAUCGCCAAUGCAUCCGAUAUCCUUGAGUUAUUUCCGAGGGAAGAUUUGAAGAAGCUCAUGGCUGGGCCAGGGGUGGAUGAUGCGGAUGCCGAGGCCCUUGUUUCGACGUUGACGAGGUGGAAUGGUGAUGCGAUGUUUCAGCCGUUGGAGAGGUGUGCUUGGAGGGAGAUUCCAUCCACUUAUAUUCAUACGACUAAGGAUGUUGCGGUGCUGUUUGAGCUUCAGAAGGUUAUGGUUGAGAAGGCUAAGUCUAAAGGUGGGGUUUUUGAGAUUGUGGAGUUAGAUGCUGGUCAUGGUGUUUAUUUGAGUAUGACUGCGGAGGUGGUUAAGAUUAUUGAUGGCGUGGUGGGUUGGUGA